AUGGAGGCACAGGGAGGGGCUCCCAGCCCAGAGCCCGGUAAAGACAUCCAGAAGCUGCUAAAGCCCUCCAGCUCAGGAAACCUCUCUCAGGAGCAGUUCCAGCAGCACGCCGCAAGCCAGGAUGAGGAGGAGGAGGGCGGCUGGACAGGACACACUGCAAGCCUGCUGCACAUCUCUGAGAAGAGACAACCUCUGAGCAGCGUGUCUUCUUUGGAAGUCCACUUCGACCUCCUAGAUCUGACCGAGCUCACAGACAUGUCGGACCAGGAGUUAGCUGAAGUCUUUGCUGACUCUGAUGAGGAGAACCACAAUGAGUGCCCGCCAGGUUCCCAGCAGGCUGUGCUGGUUAAAGGCGGGUACAUGCGCUCUCCCUCAUGGACACGCUGCAGCAAGGUGGAGCUCCCCCGAGAAAGAAAGCACCACAGCGACUCGGACACCACCGCAGAGCCCUUAAUGAAGCUGGAGAGGCCAAAGCAACCUUGA